CUUAGUACACAUCUCCUAAGACAUGACCAAAUUAUUUCUCUCCUACUCCCUCUUCUUCAAUGUCUCUCUUCUCCUCCUUCUCAUCGCGGCUGCCUCGACAACCGCAUCUUCAAGGAAUGUUACUAGUGGGCUAAGAUAUAACGGAUGUGCCCCUGGAGUCACCAUCAAAGAAUGCAUAACUGCGGGUAUUGAGGAGAUGGAUGAGGAAGGAGUUAAGGCUGUGGUGCGGCGGAUACUUCAACAAAGAAGGUAUUUAAGCUACACAACUCUACAGAAACAGCAGACUUGUAAUGGUAGAAUCGCUGGUAAUUGUAUUGGAACUGCUAAUCAAAGAGGAUCGACUUGUACUUACUACCAAAGAUGCAAACGUGCAGCCUAAUUACUAGUUUUUUUUUUUUCUUAUGUUAUCUCUUUUCUUCUUAAGUAUGUGUGUUUUAUGAUGAUGUUGUGAUUAAAAUGUAAAAGAGUUAAAAGUAACUAAUAAGACAUUUAGUUGGUUUUAUCA